ACUGGUAGAGCGUUUGAUCCAGCAUAGCGACAUCAAUCCCUCAAAUCUCACCAUUAACAACACUCACAAGAUACAACUUCACCUUUCGAGCUCAUCCACGCAUUCUCACUACACUCCUCCAUCGCCCACUCCAUCAACAGCGGCAUCAGCACCAGAUUCGGCCUCACCCUCACCCCGCUCUAUUCCAACUCCACCUCACUUUCCCACGCUUCACCUGAACCCCCCGUUGGUUACAUUCGUCCACACCAUAUCUCCCCCUUUUUACCCUCAAAUCUACUCGAGCCAUCGAGCCCAGACUUAAACGCAAACACAUCUUCAACUGCAAAACCCGCACUCGAUUUACCCAUCUUGCAACGACCUAACGAAUUUACGACAUCGAUCGAGCCACAGUCUUCCACCCUUCGAAACAUUCGAUUUCUCCUUUUCGUACACAUACACGGUACACGCACCAGUAUUUCGUAUUAUUAUCGUUCGGAAUAACAGUUAUCUUCGCGCACACACUUUACCCCCGGGCGGCGACCGGUGCUCGCAGGUCGAUGUGGAGGAGGCGGGCACUGUGAUUCCUCCAAAGGCCACUGAGAGCAUUGUUGAAGUGGUCGCUUGCUGCCGUUUUUCGAAUAAGCGCAUUUCGUCAAGUUUCUAGUGUGAUAGAUAUUGCAAUCAUCUUGUCCUGCAGUAUUGUUGAAGGCACCCGAAGGAGUCAUAAACUUGCAAAGAGUUCCAGGGGUCCACUGCAAACGCAGGACCUGAGGGAUACUUUAUCUCGUCUUUCUCAGUUCUUCCCUCUGUAUAAGUACUGUUUUGGUCUACCGCAUACAAACUUGAGAAAGCGGAACCUUUCCCCAGCCUGCAGUUGACUUGGCGGCAAACGAAGUACGGGCAUGGAUUCACAGUUUACACCUACUCGAGAAGAUUUGUACCAUGUCCAGAUGGACGUUAAACAUGUUCAGGCUGUACAGAUAAACCACGCAGAAAGAUUGCUUAGGCUGGAAAAACGCCAGGCUGAUGAUGCUGCACUGAAAUCUGUCUGGGGAAAUGGGUCUCCAUUUCCAAGCGUACUGAGCGGAACCCCUCAACAAGGUCAGUGCAGAUUGCUUGCUACCCUGAGCGAGUAAUGAACUAAGCAUAUCACAGGUCCCGUCCAACACCAUCCCACCGACGUUUUUGAUGAUUUUGACGAUGAGCAAAGUCACAAUCUCCUUGGAAGUCUUCAGCUGGAGGCUGAGGAAGAGCCGGUGCGUCGUGGAGCAUCGAGAGCGAAUAGUGUCCGUUUCGAUGUCAGCGCUCUCCAAGGGUCGAAUUGGAACGUGGGUUCAAGAAAUUCGGGAGACUUUGGUCCUGUUCGUCCAAGCAGUGGUAUUGGAAGUCAUCCCAUGACAGAGCGAUCGUUGUCACAUAAAUCAGAUGGCAGACAUAGUUCAGCUGGGCAUUCUGUACACUCCAUGCAUUCUGGAAGAAACAGUAGCCUUGGACUUGAUACCAACUUCAUCAUUGGUGGUCAAGACGAUGACUCUCCAUUAGAUACACCUGAUCCUCCUCCUGGAUUAUUCGUCUUGGGUUCCGUACCCUCAAUCAUUCGAUGUUGGCUCACAACUAAUUUUUCACACAAUGCAUUACUCUACGCUGAUAUCUGCUCUGGUUCUCAAAAGUCUGUUCUCGAUUACAGUUUGGUAAAGGAACUUGGACUCACAGAGCAAAUCGAAAAGACCUCAGCUGGCCAUCACAUCAGACUUCCCGUAUAUCUCCCUGAAGCUGUCAUAACUCAGCCAACUUCGAGAUCAAACAGUCCUGCUCCGCAACUUCCCACCCUUAGUGCAGAUUUCGAAAUCGUAGGCCUCAACCAACGUAACACCCCUGAGCGCAAGCAGGGAAUUCGUAUAAUUCUUGGUAGUGAUAUCCUCCGCGUCCAUAACGCGGAUAUCUUCUUCUCCCAGAAUCUCAUGACGCUCUAUGGCGAUGACCGCAGCAAAUUAUCCGUCCCGUUUGUUAGACCAGAGGACGAUAACUUGUUCAAAAACUUGUGCACUUCCAAUAUUCCCCCGGAGAAGAACGAACUGAAGGCGACCGCAGCCCCUUUCACUCCAGUAGUUACCAAAAUCAAAAUCGGAGCCACUGAAACUGCUGUUCCUAAGUCUGUCUCACCCGUUAGACAGGAAGUUGUAAAAGCAAAGCAGGCUGACCAAGCCGCCGCGGCCAACUCAGCACAACCCGAAUCGCCUUUUACACCUGUGUCAAUGUCCGAAUCGAGUACCUUGGAUCGAGUUACUGGUGCUUCGGAGAAUACAUCGACUGUCCCUAACCAUUCAGGAUUAGAAAAAUCACAAAACGCUGAACAAACACAUGGAGCUGACGGAUCAUCGCCCGUUGCACCACCAGAGUCUAAUCGCCGAGAUUCUUCGGUUGGUAUCUGGGGAUCCUGGCGUCAUGGAACCGUCAAUGGAGGCGAGACUGGCCGCGAAGCCGAAUCCACCAGUGGUUACCAGCGCGCAGCCCGAGGAGGUAGAAGCAUGAAAGUCCUCAAGCCGUCGUCAAAGUCGGUCUCUUCGAUUGCUGUGCCAUCAUCGCGAUCGGUAUCCUCAGCAGCUCGUCCAGGAGCUGCCUACGAUACUCCGCCGGCUCCUCGCUCGGCGGUUGAGAUGCGCCGGAAGAGUCAGGUUGAGAAUCCACCGUUGAAAUGGGAGAGUAAACGAACCAGCAGUGAGGAGCAUAAGCCUGGUGGUGUGGGAAGGACGGUCGUUGCUAGUAUCCCGCGAAACGAGAAUCCGGUUGGCGGUGCGAGUGCGUUUUCGUGGAUGAAGGCUGCUAGUAAGAAGGCUACUACUACUGCUGAGUAAGUGGGCGCGAGAUGGAUGGUAUCAUGUUCACAGUGGAAGUUUUGAUCGCGUGGGUUGGGCUGUGUAUAUCACUGGAUGAUUUGUUGCGGGGACAGGG